UCUAACUUGUUUGGAGAUGAAUUCAAGAUACCUGAUGAUAACUGGGACACCAAUUACCUUAAUCUGUUGGAUAUUGGGGCAGUGGAAGAAGGGAUUUGACAUGUUCUUUAUGCUUGUGCAUCACAGUCUCUGUUAUGUGCCAAGUUGGCUGAGAGUAGUUCCAACUUGUGGUCUGCACUGCCUCUGGUGCAAGCACUUCUACCAGCUCUUCACCCUCUGGUUAUCAGUGCUCCAGAUCAAAUUGAUGAUAAUCUCUUGUACUGGAAACAGCCUUCUGUGCAGCACGCCUCUUCUCAGAUUGUGCUGACAUCAUCUUCAUCAGUGUAUCGCCCUCUUCUUCAUGCUUGUGCUGGCUAUUUAUCAUCAUUUUUGCCAUCACAUGCAAAAUCUGCUUGUGUUCUUAUUGAUCUUUGUUUGGGGCCACUGGCACCAUGGAUACCUACUGUCAUUGCAAAGGUUGACCUAGCAAUUGAACUUAUGGAGGACCUUCUGGGCACGAUUCAGGGUGCUCGUUUUUCUAUCACUCGUGCUCGAGCAGCUCUCAAAUAUGUCAUUUUGGCAUUAUCUGGCCAUAUGGAUGACAUAUUAGCAAAAUAUAAGGAAGUUAAACAUAAAGUUCUUUUUCUUGUGGAAAUGCUUGAACCUUUUCUUGAUCCUGCUAUUACUGCCAUGAAGAAUACAAUCGCUUUUGGGGAUGUGUCAGCCAUGUUUCUUGAGAAGCAGGAACAAACUUGUGCAAUUGCUCUCAAUGAAAUCCGUGCUUCAGUUAAUGAACAUGCUGUUCUUCCGUCAUUGGAAUCUGAAUGGCGGCGUGGGUCAGUUGUUCCAAGUGUACUUCUCUCGAUUUUGGGACCGCAUUUGCCAUUGCCACCUGAAAUUGACCUUUGCAAGUGCCCAGCUUCUAAACCUGUUGAGCAAGAAUCUUCUGCUGUUCCUUCUGUUUCAUCUGUCCCUCGUCAUGGGGUAACCUCUUUAAAAUCCAAUGGCCAUGAUGAAUUUGAUGGGAAGACUGACGUGAAUGAUGCAACUGCUGGGAUGGAUGCAUUUGAAGAUGUCAAUCUUUUAUUUGCUCCAACAGAAUUGAAAACUAUAACGUUGAGGAGUGUUUCUAAUAUUUUUUAUGGAAACAGCCCAGAUAAAAGCAGUUCAGAAUCUAUUCAUGCUGGUAACAUCACAGAAGGCAAACAACCUGCUGAAAAAAAUUUUAGUAAUCAGUUUCAAAAUGGCUUAACCCUUGAUGCUAGUUUUGCUAUUGAAUACCUUAACUUGGAGUCAGAUUGUUUGCAACUCUUGGACCAUCGAGAAUCUGAACUUAAAGCUUCAGAAUUUCAACGUUUGGCCUUGGACUUACACUCACAUCAUGAUAUUACUUUGGAGGGCCAUGAGGCUUCUAUUGAUGCUUUGCUUUUAGCUGCAGAGUGCUAUGUUAACCCUUUCUUUCUGACAGCUUCCAGUGGCAAGUUAAAGGUUACUGAAAGAAUGAAUGUUAGCAGAACCAAGAUUACUCAAAUGCAUGGAACUGCAGAGCUGAAAAGAGUUUCUGAGAGGGAUAGUAGUGAGUUAGAAACCAUAUCUGGUCUUGAAAGAAAAAGGGACAAAAUUGUACUACAGAUACUCCUUGAAGCAGCUGAGUUAGACAAGGAGUAUCAGUUAAAGGUUUCAUCCGGGGAACUAUGUUUGUACAAUUCUGGACAAGAUGAACAGGGUCUAAAGUUGUCUCCACAAGAUCUUCAAUCUGCUGAUGCUGUCACGUUCGUUCGACAGAAUCAGGCACUGCUGUGCAACUUUCUGAUUCAACAAUUACAAAGAGAACACUCAAUGCAUGAGAUCCUUAUGCAAAGCCUGUUGUUCUUCUUGCAUUCAGCAACUGAAUUAUGCUGCCCUCCUGAAAAUGUGGUUGAUGUCAUAUUGGGAUCUGCUGAAUAUCUUAAUGGGCUGCUUACAUCUUUCUAUUACAAGCUUAAAGAAGGCAAUCUACAGUUGGAUGCAGAGAAAAUAUAUGGAGUACAACGGCGUUGGAUGAUUCUUCAGAGAUUGGUACUUGCAUCAAGUGGUGGUGGUGAAGGGAGAGAAUAUGGAAUAAAUUUCAACUGUGGAUUUCAGUACAGAAGCUUGAUUCCACCUUCAUCCUGGAUUCAGAGAAUACCUACAUUCUGUAAUUCUCCAUCCCCUCUUGUUCGGUUCCUCGGGUGGAUGGCAGUAUCUCAAUAUGCUAAGCAGUUUCUGAAGGAGCAGCUCUUUCUUGCCUCAGAUCUGGCACAAUUAACUAGUCUACUAUCUAUUUUCGCAGAUGAUCUUUCUUUGGCAGAUAAUAUAGUUGACAAGAAAAACCAAGAUUCUUUGGUCAAUAAAGGAUUGGAAUUUUCUGGACAACCAUAUGGUGAUGGGUCUUUUCGCUUCAUUUACCCAGACCUGCAUAAUUUCUUCCCAAAUAUGAAAAAGCAAUUUGAAGCUUUUGGGGAGAUUAUUUUGGAGGCUGUUGGCCUUCAGUUAAGGUUGCUUCCCUCAAGUGGUGUCCCAGAUAUGCUUGUUGGUUUUCAGAUUUAUGUUUAUGGCCAUUUUUAGGAGAAAAGGAUGGCCAUUCUACACAAAACUAUUCUGAACCUUUGAAAGGUUAUGCUGCUAAGAAUGCCCAGGCAAUCAUCCUAUACAUACUUGAAGCCGUUGUACUUGAGCAUAUGGAAGCAAUGGUGCCUGAAUUACCUAGGGUGGUGCAAGUGAUGGCUUCUCUAUGCAGAUCCUCAUAUUGUGAUGUUUCUUUUCUCAAUUCCAUUUUGCUAUUGUUGAAGCCCCUUAUCUCCUAUGCUCUUGGGAAGGUUUCUAAUGAUGAGAAACUGCUAACAGAUGAGUCCUCUUGCCUUAACUUUGAAUCGUUAUGUUUUGAUGAACUUUUUUCUCAUAUCAAGCAGAGAAGUGAGUAUCAGGACAGCUCUAUGGAAAAAGUAUCAUAUAAUUGUGCUCUUACAAUUUUUAUACUAGGCACUGUGUUUCCUGAUUUAUCCUUUCAACACCAGAGAGAAGUCUUGCAGUCCUUGGCAUUGUGGGCUGAUUUUGCCAGUUUUGAACCAACAACUGCUUUCUAUAACUACCUAUGUGCAUUUCAAAUUGUUAUGCAAAGUUGUCAGCUUAAAUUAGUGAAGACAUUAGGUGUUUGGUUUGCUCAGUACAUUUCAGAAACACUAUGUUUCUGGCAUGGAUUCUAUUGCAAUCCAGGAAGAUAAGCAAGAUUUUUAUUCAGUUCUUGAUGGAUCUUUGCAAAGUUCUCUUUCAAUG